CGGUGUACAAGAUGGCCGAAUGCAUCGCUGGUGGGAUGAGUGUUGGAGGAGAACAAAACGUUUAAAUCGGUUGUAAUUCAACGAAACUAGAAACGCGCCUCUUUGCAGGAAAACGGAGAAGAAAGGAAGAUGUUUGCCAAACCUUUUCGCGUCAAGUCCAACACAGCGAUCAAAGGGUCGGAUAGGAGGAAGCUCAAGGCUGACGUACAGUCUGCCUUUCCGUCUUUAUCUGGUGCUGAGCUAUCACAUCUCGUACCAAACAAGGAGGAGCUCAAUGUGGUGAAAAUGUAUUUGCAUAAAGGAGACGUGGUGACUGCUUAUGUUUUGAAUAAGAACCCCAUCUUCUUUGAAAUGAACAGGAGACUUUAUCCAACAGUGUAUACCCUGUGGUCUUGCCCAGAUCUUCUGGUUGCUUUCACAACAUGGCCUGCUGUAUUGACAAAACUGGCUGGAGGAGCAGAUCUUAUGUUGCCUGGAGUAGUUGUGCCACCUUCUGGUCUUCCUGAGCUACAACAGGGAGAUCUCUGUGCCAUUAACCUUGUUGAAAACAGAGCUCCAGUGGCAAUAGGUUUAGUCACUAUGCCAACAGCAGAUAUGCUUGCAGCUGGUAUGAAAGGAAAGGGUGUCACCACUCUCCAUACAUAUCUGGAUCUGUUAUGGGCAUUUGGAGAAAAGACUAGCCCACCUGUGAUUCCUCACAUGUCCCAUGACCCAGGGGGGAUUAGAAAUCAGUUGCAGGAGGAGGAAAAAGGAGAAGAGAAGGAAGAAGUGGCUUUUGAUGCAGAUGAUAUUGAGAAUCUGACUGCAGAGCUGGACAGUACAGAGAAAGAUACACCUGACAUGCGUAAUCUUUGUUUGAAUGAGGAAACUGAAUCAGAACACACGCCUUCAGCAACCAUUCAAGUGCGUGACCAAGAGGCUCAUGAUGGUGACGUUGUUGAUCUGAAAGAAAUAACAGAAGACAGUGAAAACCACCACGACACUGAGAAUGAUCACGGCACUACAAAAAUCGUUGGGACUGUACAAGAGCAAAUGGAUGAGCUCCUUCUUCAGUGUUUCCUUCAUGCUUUGAAGUUUAAAGUGAAGAAAGCAGAUUUGCCUCUGCUCACAAGUACUUUUCUCAAGGUUCAUGUAUAUCCCUGUUGCCCGGAAGGCCAACAAUUAGACAUCAAAAAAUCAAGCUAUAAGAAGCUCUCCAAGUUUCUACUGACCAUGCAGCAACGGCAAAUACUUCAGAUGAAGGAACUCUCAAAAGGAGUUGAAAGCAUUACUGGUGUGAACUGGAAACAUGCAGACCUGCAAUCCUUUAAAGUUCCUGAAACAGUCACUGGUGAAGAGAUGGGGAAGAGUGACAGAGGGAGUGAUACAGGCUACCAGCCACCUGAGAUCAAGUCCUUUUACAGUGUUUCCAGUAAAUUAACUCCCCUGUUUGAGCAUGCGGAUCUCAAAAAGGAUGCCGCACUUUCAAACGCAGAUGUUAGAAGUAUAAUCACAAAUUAUGUGAAGUCCAAUGAUCUGAUAGAUGACUAUAAUAAAAAUUAUGUCACCAUUAAUCCUACUCUUUGUGACUGCAUAUUGGAAAAAUCUGAGUAUCAUACUGUAACUAAACUCACAUGGGAUGAUCUCUUUUCCAGAUGCCUCAAGAGCCUGCAACAAUGUCAUGAAGUGACUUUUCCUGGGCAAAAGCCAAUAGUUCGAAAGGGUCAAAUUAAACCCAUUGACAUUGAUGUAGCACAGCGUGCAUCAAAUAAAAAGGUAACUGUUAUUACAAACCUUGAAGAGUUUGGUUUAGAUCCUCAAAUCUUGGGAAAUGCCCUUCAGCAAAAAGCUCAGGCCAGUGUAACUAUAACUCCAGUCCCUGGUACAAAGGGAAAGAUGGCACUUCAGGUUCAAGGCAACCAGGUUAAUCAUAUCGCCAAGCUCCUAACAGAUAUCACCAAUAAGAACAAUGAAGGUGAAAGCCAGAAAUCAUUUACUACCCAAACUUACUGGAUCAACAAUAGGGUGCUGCUGCUGCUGCUGCUACAAUAUUUUGGAUCUCAGCACUUACCCUGUCAUAUUCUGCAGCAGGAUAUUAUGUUCUUGCUCUAUUGAAUUCACCAAUACACAUCUUAACCAGAACCUUCCCAUCACCCCAUCUGCCAGUUACCUGUGUUCACAAGCAUCUCUUCCCCAUUCAUCCUGAAACUUUAUGUGCAGCACCUUGCACCUGUUCAACCUGCUUCCCACUUUUAAUCUCAGUGCUCUGCUUAAGCAUGAUCCUUUUGGUCAGGAAACAUCCUGUCAUCCUUUUGGUCAGACAUCCUUUUAAACAGACAUCCUUUUGGUCAGUAGUGAAAUACAGGAAGUCACUACCAAAUUUUUAGUCAUCAAUCAAAUUUCUGGCUUUCAACUAGAGCAAGAGGAGACUUUACUAAACAAAUUGAGGACAAACCAGUGCCUCUGCAAAGUCCAGCUUUAUCAGUGGGGCCUCAAUACAAAUCCUUUAUAUAUUGUUGAUGAGACACUUAGUCUGUAUAAGUAAUGACCUUAAGCUUAGAAGUGAUGCUGUCAUUUUGGGAAUUAACAUUUGCAAAAUAAAAUAAAUAAUAAAAUUUAGCAGCAAGUUGCUAUACAUCUUUUGUGAUUAACUAUCUUCUGAAGAUGCUGCGGUUAUUCCAACUGGGAACUGCAUAUGAACUCUCCAAAUAGGUAAUAUAUCACAGGAAGUAAUUUGCAUUAGCUUCUGGACCAAUUAAUUACAUGGAAAGUUAUGAAGCUUCAUUGUAGUAUAUCCGAAUUAUCCCAGUGCCCAAAGUGCAUGUAGAAAGUUCCAUCAAUGUGAGAAGGUCUUAAGAACCAUUUCAAUGUGAUAAGAUGAUGUAAAAAUGUAUUAACCUUGUAAUA